GGGGGGCAACUCUAAUUGCUGCUUGGAAGAGGAUAUGGAAACAUCGAUGUGGCGGUUCGACAAACACUCAGACUAUGCAUCAUGGUUUGAGCCUCCUGAGACGAAUAUUUAGAGUUAGAAUUCCUUGUUUAUUUAAUUCUCGACAGAUGUGGUUGAAAGUGCAAACACAAAGCUUGUUUACAAGGCUAAAUUCCUUGAACAGGUCCAGAAAAGUCAUUCUUGCAUUGCUUGUUGUGUGCAUUUUCCUAUACUACUUCUUAAGUUCUUGGUUUACCACAGAGAAACACACUAUUGCACCUGAUAAUCUUGCAUUUUGCCUACAAGAAAAAGUGGAAAGGUUCUCCAACUCUAUCGACAGAUAUGAUGUUUUCUUGAAUCAAGAUAAUCAAGAAAAAACAUUUCCUCCAUAUGUUGGAAAUGGAAAAUUGGCAGCUUCAUUAGACAGUGACUCAGGGCUGUUUAUUAGGUUGAACAGAGCACUUUCUUUACCUGUGAAAUACUACCCAGUGGUGUCUACAAAAAUUAUCAACAGCAAGGCUAGAGAGGCUUCAUUGUUGAAUGUCAGAGAAGGCAUUGCUUACAAUCUCAAGACAGUUCAAACGGAAGGGUGGAGGAGCAAAUGUAACUAUGUGGAGAGCCGGCUGUAUGCUCACAGAUCACGCCCCUCUGUUCUGGUCCAGGAUAUUCGAAUAUCCAACCCUAGUAAAAGACCAUUGUUUAUUGAAUUUGAACAAACUGGUGAAUUCAAUUGGAAAAAUUCCAAGACCUCCCCCAAAACAGAAACUGUGCGUGGUCAGCCUGUGAAGUAUGAGGUGUCAGAGGGAGAGGUGGACCUUCCAGAUAACAAAUAUCAUGUGUACGCAGUGGUUGCCUCUGUCAGACUUCAAAAAAAUACAUUUACAAUCAAACCUGGAGAGACCAAACAGUAUCAAGUGCUGACUGUUGUAAAUUACACAAAACCAUACGAGAAAAAACAAGAAAAAGUUACCUCUGCAAUUUCAGCAGGAGUUGUAAAGGAGUUGAUAAAUGUUAUGAAUAUUGGAACUUCAGACUUACAAGAUGAACAUGUUAAAGUCUGGAGUAAGCUGUGGGAGAGUGGGUUUGGAAUUAGUCAUUCUAAGGCAGUGGGAGCCCUGAAUGCUGAUAAAAUCAACACCACCAUAUAUUAUGUACUGAGUAAUGUUCCAGCCCCACUUCAUGAUUUAACGGUCACUUCUACAGAGAGGACAAAAAUCCAACAGGUGCUUCAUUAUCCAGACAGGUGCUACAAUGGCCACUCUACAUUGCUAGCUAACACACUGUGGGUGGAUGUAACAGAUGAAGAUGACAUUGCCAGGGUGUCGACAACCUGGAUGAUAACUCUUGAGAAGAUGGGCUGUGAUUUCAUGGUCCGAUCAGGAGCAGAGGGGGUUCUGCAGGCAAUGCUGCUGAGCAUGGGAUCACUCAGGUUUGGAGACAGCCAUCUGGAGUUUAAGAUGGAACCUAAAGACCUUCACAGGGACCUGUUUUUUCACCGUAUUAAUUAUGGCAAUAACUCCCAUCUCAAUAUAUCUGUGAUAGUCGGGGACGAUAAUAAAGCCAGUAUUUAUGUUGCUUUGGAUCGUAACGAUCGGCCAUACUAUGCCUGUGAUGCGGGAUGUAUUGAUCCCCCUAUGCAAUUAUCGAGGAAAGUGCAGCAAUUUCCAGUGAAGUUAACCGAGCCUUUGACAGCCAUUCUGUACAUAACAGCUGAUAGGGUACAUAUGGAGGAACUUAAACAUGUCCUUCAUCUACAGUCUAUCAAAGAAGCUCCUCCACAUGAACACCAUGUGAUAGCCUUACACAAACAUGGCCACCAUUUUGGAGGGCUUCCCCUCAUCUUCUGGAUCUCAGUAGCAUUCCUAGUUGUCGUGUUCCAUUUGUUCCUGGUCAAGUUAAUUAUCAAUGAGUAUUGUCAAGGACAGGAGAGGUACACAGGUCGAAGGAAAGGCUACAAUGUGUGACCCGAAGCUAAAUCCUGUCACGCCCUCUGUGUCUUUCCAUCUUGUUCACAAAUGGAGGAGAAAAGACAAUCUAGAGUGUUGGCUCCAAAAUCAAUCAUAUCAUUCCGGUAGAAUUUGAACUUUUUUUUUUUUUAAAUGUCAUGUGUAUUUGCAAAUGUACUUUCAUUAUUACAUAUUAUGAUGUAGAAAUUUUGUUCAGUAACUGACAUGACCUUGUAUAGAUAGAGAACAUGUUUACUUCACAUGGAAUGGUCAUAUUCAUAAUUGAAUGUCAAUGGAAGCACUUUUUGAGAUGAUAUAGUGCGUGAUUUCUGUCAUAUGUUCCAUAUAUUCAGACACAAACAAGACUGAAAGUUUUCUGAUACAUGUAGACUAUAAGUAUAUAUUUUAAACACCCUUGUUGUUAAAGAAUUUCAGAAAGUUUUACUCUCGUAUAAUUUAUGGUCUUAUGCAAGUGAAUCAGAAAUUCACUAUUUUGUGAUAAUGACUGCAGAAAUGCAGCAAGUACCUAUAAUUUCUAAAUCCUAGAUACAUGGUGCUGUUGGAUUUGAUGUCAUAAUUACAAACUUAAGCAACUUGGUUCAAAGCAGUUUUUUGCUUGUGUUGUAUGAUUGUAUACCAUUGAUUACAAGUGUCAAAUGAAGCAAUAAUUUUGACCUUGAGAGUUUAUAUUUAAUGGAUAUUAUUUAUUUGUCUUCAGUCACUAUUAGGGACGAGAUCAAAUUUUCAAUGUCAGACAAAAAACUAAAUUCACAGUUUCCACCCACCCCACCCCCAUUAAAACUAAAUAUGAUGAAUGUUGAAACUAAUCGAUAAACAAGUAAAAACAUACUAUUGUCACUACUUUCAGUGUUUAUUCACAAAUGAAAGUGUACAUUAAAACUAUUUAAUGUUCAUUAAAAUGUUAUAUUAUUAUGUGGAUUAACAGUUGCUUUUCUUUUUCCACCAAAGUGUAAUGGAUGACAGAAACUUAAGAUUUUAUCCCCCCUCCCCCUAACUAUUUGAAUUUAGAUUUUUACCAGACAUCAAUCUUUUGAUCUCGCCCCUUGCUUGUCCUGAGGCUGAGGCCAUGUAACUAUGUAUUGACGUAUUCUGGUAGGGUAAUUCGUGUGAAAUGUACACAGUGUUUUCACAGUUAACCAAACUUUAUAUUGCCUGAGAGCAUACAUUGGACUGAAGAAGGCCUUUGUUUUGUUUUUAUUCAGAGUAUCAGUGUGAUUACAUGUAACAAGGAAAUUAAGUGCUGUUAUUUAUUUGUCUGUCAGUGUAGUUUUUGUUCCAGAGAAUGUGUAAAUGUAUAUUUUUGUAAGAGAGAUGUGUGCAUUGAUUUUCUGCUUCUUAUUCUUGUUUUAAUUUACUUAUGUAACAAAGUCUAAAGUUCUGAAGUGAAAACAAUUGUAAAAUCCCAACUUUUAAGGCAUAAGAAUCAAUGUGUUAACUGUGUCCUAACUUCUGUUAAACCAGCAUAAAUUGUAAUUACUGAUUAUUAUUUUUUUCUUUUCUUUUCAUAGAAUAAAUUUUUCAAAAGUGGUAGAUAUUUAGGAAAAAAUGAAAAUAGCAUAUAUAUGUAGAUAUGAAAGUAUAUCACAUUUAACAACACUUGCUACACACAAACUUUUUUCAAAAAAUUAUGAAAAAUUAAAGUUGUUUUUAUAAGUAAAAUGAACAUAUGGAAUGUAAUUUAUUCCCAUGAUUUCCCAAUUAAGUCCAAAACAGUGUAGAAAAUUUGUAUAGAUUUAUGUAGGGAGGGGUACCAUAUUUCAACUUUUGAACAUCAUAAAAAAUUUAUUUACAAGUCCCUUAUUUUGGGAAAUUUUAUAUAAUUAUGUACUUAUUACAACCAAACUAAUCUAAAAAAUAUCUAUCAACAUAUACGCAUAAUUUUUUUUUUGUAUCAAGUGUCUUUUUGACAAUAUUAGAUAUUGAUUUCAUGAUACCUUUUGGUUUAAGCUGUUUGUUUUAUUGUAUAUACACACAGUACUCUUAAGUAUGUUUUGGGAAAAUGUUUACUAUGUAAUUAAGGUUUUAUCUAAGUCAUCAUAUUUCUAAUCCAGUGGUUUUGGAAAGUAGAUUUUUUUGGGGUGACUUCAACCUUAUUGUCACAAUUAUACUCCUGUCACCUCUCCUUACUUAGAAGAAAGGGGGGGGGGGGUGUUGAACAUGGGUUGUAUGUGUCGACUUUGUCCAGGGACUCUGAUGAAGGUGAUAAAAAUGUAAAAAUUGAAAAAAAUAAACAUUUAGAAGUACAAAUAGAUGACAGACAAGUCUCCAUCAGGAAACACAACUCGAUCCUUUGGCUGAGGUAAUUUGAAAAUAAUGGGGUAGAUAAGUACAUGUACAAGAAUUAUUUGGGUCUCUUUGAUGGGUAGUACUGGGGUUGCUUUAAAUUCUAUGUGGGUGACAUGAUUGUACAUAAUUUUAACACUAUCGGGUAUGUGUACCAACAUCUGUGUCGGGCGAAUGGUGUUGUGAUGUGGGUAGACACUAAUAUUAUGAAUAUUGUGUGAAAAUGUGUAUUUUACUCCUGAAUUUCAUUAAUAACAUCCAAGAUAUAAGUGAAGGCUUGUCAAUGUAUGUGUUUGUAAUUGGGAGAUGUACAUAUGUAAUAUUUAUGUACAAUUUAAUAAGUAUGGGUGUUUGCUCUUUGCUGCUUUGUAAGUUACGAAAUAUUCUUUCUUCUUCUUUUUUAUUAUUUAACUAGAAAUAUUUGAUGUAUGCCACCAUUUUCAAAUAAUGUAUACAGAUUGAUUUUAGCAGUGGCAUAAUUGAUAGAAUUUUUUUCAUGCAGUACUGUUAAAUAAAUAUUAAUCUGAUCAGCCUUGAUUUGAAAAUUUUGAUCAAUAUAAAAGAUAAGACGAGGAAAUUAGUUUGUACCAUUGUGUACUUUGGGUGGGUUGUUUUGUUGAUGUCUGUUUGAUAAUUUUACUUGAAAUAUUCAUUGCAUUAAAGUCCAGCUCUGACUGUGAAUUAAUUUACUAACUAGGAGUGCUGUAAACUUCCUGAUACUGAAUCUGAACAACAUUUAAUGUGAGGUCAUACCUUUAGAACUAUUUUUGUUGGCCCUCUCUCAAAUCUAUACAUGCAUUAAGGAGGUUCUCUACAUCGUCAUAAUAGCUGACUUCCUUUUAAAACAUGGAUGAAAAUGUAAAUAUCAGUAAUAUUUGUAUAUUCCUUUUAAAUCUCAUUGCUUAGCAGUGUAGGUCAGUUGGUUGUCAUGUCGACUGCUGAACUGCGCGGGUUUGAGUCCAGCAGGAGUUAUAAUUUUUUUCAGAACACUUUCUACUAAAACUGCAUUUUUUGACUUAAUAAGGUAAAUAUGAAAGUUUACAAUUUCAAACUAUUAUUGUACAUAUCCUCCACUUUUUAUCCAUAUAAAAUUUCUCUGAUGUAGCAUUCCUCCUUAAAAAUCUGGAAAGGGAAGUAACCAUUUAAUCUAAAGUACUACUGCUCACACAGAUACCUAUAAAAUUCUACCAUCUAUAUAAAAUCAGGAAAAAAUAACCAACUUGUGAUGAAAAAACUUUUUGAGUCAGGAAGACUUAUUUCAGUUGGAUGUGGCCAAUUUUUUUUUUUAAUUUUUGUUGUUGGUCUUAUCCUGUUCAAUGUUGAUGAACUCUAGAAGUAAACAAGGAAGGGUGUUACAGGGGCCCACCUCUCCUCCUGUCCCUUCUCUCUCUCUCUCUCUCUCUCCAUCCCACCCCUUUCUCCACCUUCCAUUAAUAUUCCUUGUCAUGACAUGAGUACACAUAUAUUUAUAGAAUUCAAUGAUGAUGAUUAUUAGGACAAGAUAUGAAUUAAAAGAAGUUAACUUGU